UUUUCUCCUUUCUCGACUUUCCUUUCUCAUCCCUUGCAUGGCCUGUCGCCUUUUAGACUCUAGCAUAGAGGUAUCACCACCAUGGGCAAGAGAAAAAACCGUUCCAAACGCUCCGCGGGAUCUCUUCCCAAAGGCCUUCCGCACAAAAAGUCUUCCUCUACUACUGUCAAUCCGUUUGAGUGCUCUGCGAGUCGUCACAAGGGCCCCAAGCAUCAAGUUCACAACCGCAACAUCAGCAAUCUUGCCCCGAAAAAGUCCAACAAUGCUCCCCAACAACGUCGGAGUCAGCACUUGCUGCAACAAGCACUGCAGAGACAGAAGAAGGCCAACACAUUUGUGGACAAGCGAAUUGGAGAAUACGAUCAGCACAUGAGUUCGGAACAACAAAACAUGGCCCGAUUGGUCCGCGAACGAACACGACGCUCCAAAAAGAGCACCAAGUAUCAAUUGAACGACGACAAUUAUGAUGACGAGGGAAUGAUUCUCACGCACAAGGGGAAAGUCAUUGAUGAUGAAAUGGCAGAAAAAAGUAUUCUACUCAGUGAUGACGAUGAAGAUGAUGCAGGAAACUUGGAUGCGAUGGAUACAGCACUCCAUUUUGGUGGCGGAAACAUGAACAAGUCGGCAGCACCUUCUGGUCCAUAUGGUCCAACCACCACCACUGCCGACAUGGCCUUGAACUACUCUCAACGAAAAACGGAAUUGGAUGACUUGAUCAUACGACGAAAGACUCUCAAAGCCGAACGCAUCAAAGCCAGGGCGCAGCAAGAAGAUGUCAUUGCCGAUUUGGAUGGAGCAUUCAAAGAGCUCAGUGGUAUGCUCCAAUUCCGAGACAAAGAACAGGAGAUCAAAACUCAUAUACAACAAAAACGAGCCGGGACACUAGAUAAGGAUGCCCAGGAAAUGGAAGCUUGGCAUCAGGAAAUCCGAGAGUAUACGUUCCAAGGAAAACGAGCCAAAGCCACGGAUCGAACCAAAACUACCGAAGAGGUGGCCAAGGAAGAGGCAGAACGUCUCCACGAGUUGGAAACUCGACGAUUGGCUCGCAUGAAUGGAGAUUUCAGUGAUGAUGACUUUAGUGAUGUCACUGACGAUGAAGAAGAAAAUUCUGGAAACAAACGCAAAAGGCAAAAGAAGCAGGCUGCCAAGAAAAAAGCCAAAAAGAAGGCAGGCAGCAAUCCCGAUGAACUGGACGACGACGAUAGCGAUGACAGUGGCGACGAGGAAGAGGAGCUGAAAGCCAAGUUUACACCGGAUGGCUUGGUCUACGUCAACAAAAAGGGCGAAAUCGUCAAAAGGCUAGGCGAAGAUGAUGAUGAUGGCGACGACAAUAGCAAUGCAAAAGAAGAGGAUGAUGACAAAAGCUCCAGCAGCGACGAAGAGACAGCUGAAAACGAUGAUGACCCUAAAGCUACACUUGCGGUUGGAACUCGAGUCCAAGGAAACUACCGAGCCAAGGAACAGUAUAAAGAGCGAGAACAUUGGUACGAUGGAGUCAUUUCCAAAGUCAACACAAGCGAAGGCGGUACCAUCACCUAUAAUGUCGACUAUAAUGAUGGUGAUUUCGAGGAGGAUGUGGAACCGCAAUACGUUCGACCCGUCAAAAAAAACAAGGAGGAACUCAUGGCAGAAGAGGAUAAAAACGAAGAGGAACGGAUAUUGAAACGCAAACGCCAGAAGGCGAGGGACAAAGCCAGACAAGAAAUGCCAUUUGUGUUUGAAGCUCCAACCACGCUCGAUGCCCUUCAUGACUUGAUUGCCAAGUAUGCCUCCAAAGGUAGCGACGCUUCGCUGAUCAUUCAACGUAUUCACGCCGCAAACUCUGUCAAAUUGGAUCGAAGGAACGCUGAAAAGAUGCAAAACUUUUAUGACGUUCUGUUGCGGCGUUUCAUUGCCGUUGGUGAUGCAAUCUACACAUCCGGAGAUGGGGGACCGGAACUGGGACGAUACCUUCAGUUGGACGAGAUUACGAAAGUACUGUACCAGAUGACACAAGACUCGCCCGAUUGUGCUGCAGCGGUGUGGGGCCGUAGGUUCGGUAUAUUGCAGAAUGCGCAUGCAAAACGUUUGCGCGAUGCUGAAUUCGAACGAGACGCGGACGAAGAUGAUCAGGCUUUGUCAGCUUGGCCUUCUGUGGGCACGAUUUUGUUGUUCCGCGUGGUGGGGCACCUAUUUCCAGUCACUGAUCGUCGUCACAGUAUCGUGACACCGUUCAUUCUGCUCUUUGGUCAGAUGCUGGCACAGACGCCAGUGGAAUCUAUGUAUGACCUCGUGAGUGGUACAAUGAUUGCUGGCUUGCUGGUGGAGUAUUCACGGGAAGCAAAACGAGUAGUACCUGAGGCAAUUGGUUUUCUCGCAGGUGCUAUCAGACUCUUCGCAACCGACUCCGAAGAACGGACCUCCCCACGCCAUUCUGUGCCAACGCUUGAAACAGCUGCUGGCGUUCCGUCGCUUGUAGAACUCCGACAAUUGACCAUUGCCUACAAAGGGGAAACAGUUCCGGUGCUCAGAUUGGAACAAAGCCACCUUUCAGACUCGACCUGCUCAGCAGCAUCCAUCCUUGCAACCGUUUUGCACUUUGCUGAGGGCUACGCCAAGUCCUUGGAUGGUGCACUGUCUUUUGCAGAAAGGGAAGCUUUCGCUGGAAUCACCCACAGCCUUCUCUGUCUGAAGCCCAACAGUAAAAAGUACCCUCUACCAAAGCCACUCCAAGUCAAAACAGCAUCUGCAGCAUCAGCGGUUGCGAAUACCUGCAAACUUGACCAACCCCGCAAGCCUCUUGCUCGACGUUCUAAGCCUGGUGUGUCUGACACAGCAUUAAAGAGCCUUGCUCCCCGCUUGGAAGACCCUGAAAGAUAUUCGAGGUCCAAGGAUAAAGGAAAGAGUGCUCUGCAGGUUGCAGCGGAUAGGACUAGGCGUGAGUAUAAGCGAGAGCACAAGGCCGUGGCUCGCGAGCUUCGCCUGGAUGCUGCCUUCGUCGAGGAACAACGGCGCAAGGACGAAGCAGCAAAAACCAAGAGGGCUCGUGCCGAACGCAACAAGAACUUUGCUUGGCUGGAAGGAGAACAAGCGGCUAUGAACCAGCAAGUUCGCCAAGGCGGUGGCCUGUUGAAAGGAGGCGGAAUGGGUGCUGCCAAGGCCAAAGCAAAGAGUGCCAAGCUGGGCAUCAAGAAGGGAGGCAAGUUUUGAGCAGAUGUAUGUAUCUGGCCUAAACUAUAAGCAAGUGAGUUUUUCCCAUUGGCUUCGUGUGAGAAAUUGCGGUUGCAUAGUGCUGAGAUAUUUCACGGAUUUGAAGCAGCGCAAACACCAGUACCGCAAUGUCAAGCUAGCUAGUCGCAUGGUUGUGGAGUACAUGUACUUCGCGUAGCUCUUCACUAGUUCGUUAUUUAGUUAGUCAACCAAAACUGUUGAAUCCUCCCGCGCACUGCUGGAUUCUCUGCCCCCAUGUUUUAACUUCAUGAAUGUUAGCUUUGCUUUUAAAAUUUGAUGAUGCAUUUUUCCUUGUUUCGCCGGCAUUAUGGUGCUGCUGCUGUCAUACUGCCUUCUUCCUCCAGUCGAUUCCGCUUGGGUGGAGAUGCACCCUUUUCAUCUGUUUUCGUUGGCGAAGGUCGUUUGCUGGUGCCGCCACCGUCGGGACUGCCGGCCAGCCGAUGUUCCUUGUUAUCCACAUCAUGGAUCGUCACAACGCGCGAAGGAAUGGCGGAAUCGUCCACUUUUUUCUCGUCGUUAUCGUCAUUGUUGUUGUGUUGAUGUUCCACAGAAAGUCUCGAGAUGGGCGACGGAGAUGGAUUGGUGGUCAUGGAAGUCGGGGAUGGAUUGGGAGUUGCGCGACUGUCACCUCCAAGAUGGCCGCCAUUGGUAUUGCUGCUGGUUCGUCGUUCGGGUGUUUUGGGACUCUUGGAUCGUGCCGUGAGAGUGGCACAGUGACGACUGGCAAUUUCUUCUUCCUCCAUGAAGCGACGUCGAUCAGCUUCUUCCCGUGUCAUGCAUGCCUGCCGGGCUUCUUCACUUACGUCUUCCCAUGCCUUGAUGAGCCUACAAUUCAAAUUGGCAUUGACCAAGUAUGGAUCCAAUGGUUCUCCCUCUCGUGCACGAGUAGAUCUUCGGACUUCUUCAACAGCUAAUGGGCGCAUGCUGUCUCGCAUGUCCAUGACAAAAAAGUGAAAUGCCGUUUUGAUGGGUGCCACUUGAGAAGGACUAAUUUCGGUCAAGGCAGCCUGUCGCAAUCGUUCAGUUUCCAAGUCAUCGGCAAUUUUGGUGGGAGAGGAACGUGGUUGUUGUGAUGACGAUGAUGCAUGGUGGUGACUCGAUGGCAAAUGAUCAGGCUGUUGUUGCUGUUGUUCAGGACUGGAUUUGGUGUCCCUUCGCCCAGCAGCAGAAGAGGAAGAUGCCAUGGGGCUACUGCGCUGAGAAGCAGUUGCCGCCGCUACAGACACAGGAGGCGGUCCUGGAGCGGCUGGACUGGGUCUAGAGGCAGGUGGGGGAGCACUGGCUCCUCUAGGUCGUUGGAAUGGUGGAGUUUUGGCUCUGCCUACUUCACUGCGAGAUUGCUGCAUGGGGUAUCCACCGGGUCCACCUUCAUAGGCUCCACUACCAGCAUAUCCAUAAAUGGGUCUUCCUUGAUAACCUCCUCCAGGAGAGUACGCUGUCGAAUGAUGGUGGGGCGGAUAAGCAUGAUGAGGAGAAUAUCCAUGAGGUGGAGGAGGUCCACCGUAAGGAUGACCUGGCGGGAAGGCGGCAUACGGAGGGUACGGUGAUCCAUAUCCAGGUGGAGGGGGACGGUAGCCACCUCGUGAAGGAGGUUCCCCAUCAUUCCCCUGACCAUGUUCGGAGGAAACGGGGACUGGCAUAAUGCUUCUGCUAUGCUGGUGGUAGAACGAAUAACCGCUUUUGAAUGUGGAUUGACGCCGCGAAAAAUCAGGAGAAUCAAAGUAACUGGUGCUAUGAAAUGACGAAACCGAGACCGGAGAGGGCCGAAAGGCGGACGGUCUCUUGGCAGGUGGAGACGAAAAGACUUGAGUUGGAACGGCGCUCUCUUCUCUUUGUGAUGUUUUGACGGUGACUGAUAUGGGUUUUCGGUUUUCUUCUUGUAUUUCUUCUGGUUUCACCGCAACAGUCCCCGAUGUCAUACUCUCCUCAAUCUCCACGCUGCUCCUGAUAAUAACGAACUGAUGACAGUCUACAGAUACAGUAACACGCCUUGUUAACCACGGUGAUCAGAGCUGAUAGAAUUCAUGAACUGGGUCGAUUUCAAUGAGAUGAUGCGAAGUGCACGAUGGCAACAAAAAACGAAAAUAACGGGCUUGCGAUUUAUGGGACCGUUGGAAUGUCGGAAGCCAAUGAUAGGACCGGUGCGCGAACGAAGCUUUAGGGAUAGA